AUGUAUCUUACUGAAAAGAUACUUCAACAGCAGUUGGAACAAACGUCUUCUGAGGAAGAUAUUGAUGCUCAUGAUGAUGAUGAUGAUAAUGAUAUUGAUAGAGCACAAGGUGUUGAAAUAUCUUUGGAAGAGGGAGUAGGAGGAGGGGCAGGUUAUGAGGAUGAGGAUCAUCAAAAUCAGAAUGUGGGAGAACAUAUGUUUGGUGCUACAAAUCAAAUUGGUAGGGAUAGCCGCGGUGGAACACGGGCGAGCACUACUUACAGUGCCAUCACCAAUAAGCUUGAUGUUGAGGAGCUUGAGAUGCUGUUGGAAGCAUACUUUGUUCAGAUUGAUGGAACUCUCAACAAGCUUUCCACGUUGAGGGAGUACGUCGAUGACACAGAGGAUUACAUCAACAUUAUGCUGGAUGACAAACAGAACCAUCUCCUCCAAAUGGGAGUCAUGUUGACCACGGCAACCCUGGUAGUGAGUGCCUUUGUUGUUGUGGCUGGUGUUUUUGGCAUGAAUAUUCAUAUUGAUCUGUUUGAUGAUAAGCUCUAUGGGAUGAGAGAGUUUAUGUGGACUGUUGGUGGCGGCACUGCUGGAACCAUAUUCUUGUAUGUGGUUGCCAUUGCCUGGUGCAAGUAUAAACGCUUGCUAGAAUAA